AUGACGAAACACUGGACAUUCACCGGAUUCGAACGACGUACUCGCUGGCUGGCGCUGUUGUUCGUGUUGGGGACGGCGAUCAUCAUCAAGAACAUCACGGCGAAGGUGUCGAUGAUCGAACGCAAUGAAUGUAGUGGUUAUCGUCGAUUCAAGGUGGAUGUCUUGGGAAGCGAUUCCUUCCAUCUGGGCAUCUUCAACACGGCUGCAAUCUUCGUGCCUUUUUUUACAUUGAUCUUCUUGAACGGUGGAAUUGUGCUCAUGCUGAGGAAACAAAACGUGCAGCAACUUCGCUCACUCAUCACUGAAUUGACCAUGGGACAUGAUGUGAUGAAAAUUCGACGACGAAACCUUCGUUCGGCCACUAACACCCUCAUAGUGAUCAUAUCAGCGUAUCUCAUUUCUAAUCUUCUCAACGUCUAUCUCACACUCACUGAAUACAUCAACGCAGACUUCCUACACGUACAGCAUCCGGAUUUCUUUCUACUGGCCGCCGAUUUUGCAUCGGUGCUCACUGUCUUCGGGAAUGCGAUACGUUGUCCGGCGCAUUUCCUCUCCAGCUCGGAGAUUCGGCAACAGUUUUUGCUGCUGUUUUGCGAGGAUGGUCAGGAAAAGAAAUUCGAGGAGGAUCCAAGACGACAGAGCGAACGGCUAGAAAAUCCAUGGAUCUCACUGCUUCUGACGGUUCACGAGAAAAACGAAUCGAGUUCACCUCUGCUCUCCGACAAGCAUAUGAAACGCCAUAGCGCGAUCGCCAUAUGCUAG